GAUUAAUCGAUUUACAAGUUUAAUUUAAUGUACGAAAUCAUCACUAGCAUCCACAGAACACAUCUCUCGAAAAUAACAAUCCACAAUCAAAUCAAAUCUGUCAAAAGUAAAACUCAAAUUACAUCAAAAUUUCGAUAAAUUACAAGUAGGUACGUACCCAACAAGAUUCCCUUUUGAAUCUUUCAUCACAUCGGACAGUAGAAUAAUGAAAACAGGCUUGCUUUACGGAAUAGUCGCCAGUUCUAAGACGCGUGUACGGUGCGUCUUCUGCGGAGUGUUCAUACCGAAGGCCAACAAAUGUAUCGAGCAGCACACGAACGGGGCGAAGCACAAGGAGAACAUUGAACUGAUGACUGAAAAUGGUAUUAGCUUCGCCAACGACAUGCUUUACUGUAAGCCGUGCAGGACGGAACUUACAGAAGAGGAGUCGGUGACGAAACACAUCGAAAGCGAUGGCCACGCAAACUGGGUUGCUGCUAUGGAAGACCUCAUAGACGGUGAGUUCAUAAGCCUCGAUCCAUACCUCAAUUCCGAAAAAGAGGAUGUCUACUGCGAAGUCUGUAACAGUACCUUGAACUGCACCCUUCAAAAUAUUGAAACGCACGUCAACGGAAUAAAUCAUCGCACAAAUAUCACUGAACGGUUAAAACCAUUGAACGGCAUAUUCCCUGUUGAUAACGAUGAUGAGGUGUGGUGCAAAGUGUGCAAUGUCUUCAUUGAUAACACAGCGCGGAGUAUUCUCGAUCAUAUUGACGAUGAUGAUGAACACAUGGAAUGGUUUGCUGAGAUAGAAGAUCUGAUCGAGGAGCAGGAUGUUUCGAUUGAAAGCUUCUUGGCGAAUGAGUAUGAUCUUAACGCGUACUGCAACAGGUGUCAGUUGGAGGUCUUAUGCAACCCUCAAUCAAUCGAGGAACAUGUAAAUAGCGAUGCACACCUCAGUCACUUUAGUUAAACAGUCAUGUUGUUUGUUUGCUGUGAUUGUACUGCAAAGGUAUAGUUUUGGCUGGUUUGAUACAGAAUAUUUACCAUGGAUUAAUACAGUUGAUGAAGCGUCAACUGCAUAUAAUACACAUAAAAGUUUUAUUUUUAAUAAAAUACAUAAAUAAAAAUUUAUGUUAAAUAAUUCCAUCACAGCAAACAGUAUUCCCUGAUAAGUAUACUUUUUAUUUAAGAAUAUUUUCAGUAUCAAUGUAAUGUCUGGCCCUU